UCGAGACGUAAAAAAAAGAGAAGAGGGAAACGGCGAGUAGGAGCAACUGAUAAACAAGCAGAAUAUUUUUUUAAGCCGCACGUGGGCUAGGGCCCAUACGCCACUGGCUCACGGAUCAUCUUGUCACACGAAUCACACUAUUACAAAAGCAAUUAGUCAUCUUUGUGACUGAAUCUGUUCACCGGCUUCAAUGGUUAACUGAAUGUCAUGUAUCUUCAGCUUGAUCCUGACAUAGAUCCGGCAGUUUCUCAGCUUAGCAGACGCUUGGGAUAUUCUGCUCUCUUGGAUGACUAUAUGAGCUCUCUUGCUGCCUCUGCAACUCUUCGUGCUCUGUCAAAUCCUACUACAGCGAUAGCAUUUCAUAGAUCAAAUAUUAGACUAGUCUCAGGUGACGACAAUGGUUGGUGUGUCCACUGGUCGCUAGUGACCCGACGACCUUUGGCUAUCUGGAGAUCACACGAAGACACCGUUCUUACUGUUAAAUGGCUUUCGGACGAUCUACUCUUAACACAUGGUCGAGAUAACAAACUGCACGUCUUUCGACUUGAUGACCUUCCUCUUAGCACGGAUAUCCCUACCCCUGCUGACAGUGAGAAUUCCGGCAAAUGGCGAAAGCCCUGGCUCGUGGCUUCUAUCGAUGUCAAUGCCUUGAACUUUUGUUCUGCGGCAACGUUGGGCACCAAUAUGAUAGCAGUUCCUGGAACAUUGGAUUCAGAUACGAUUGACGUCUACACACUCCUGCCCACACUGGCACGUCCCUACGCUGCUAUCUCAGCUGGAGUCAAAACCGGAAUCGUGAUGGCCAUCGCUCUUCACGCCGACAUUCUUAUUGCAGGAUAUGAGUCUGGUCAUGUUGCUAUGUAUCAGCUGCAAGAUGACGGGGUAGCCCAGCUGAUCUAUCUCUGCAAAGCUCAUUCGCAGCCCGUGCUAUCGGUCGCUGUUCAUGCGCUCGACGCGACUGUGCUCAGUUCCAGCGCAGAUUCCAAGAUCGUCAAGCAUCCUCUCGUUCGCGAUCCGUCAUUUCUUCCGUCAUCUCCCAAAUCAUCAGGUAUACGCAACAGCGAAGACGAGAAUGAUCUAUCAACAGUCUCACUAUCUACACCAAUAUCGACACAUGAUAUCAAACAUACCGGAAUAGCUUCGCUUAAUCUUCGCGAUGACGGAAAGAUAUUUGCUACGGCCUGCUGGGAUGGGAACGUGCGAAUAUUUUUAUACUCGAAUUUGAAGCUUCUAGCGAGCUUCCGCGGUGGAAGGCAAGACGGCAUAUCGUGCCUCGCUUUCGGUAGAACAUCUUUAGAUGACCCCGAGGAUGAUAACAGUGAAGAAGAGAAGAUUGUGAAGGAGGUGGUUAGUGACGUGACUAAAGUUGUAGUUGGAAACGCUAUGAGAAUGAAGGCAGAAAAGAAAGUCAGGGAAAAACACUGGCUUGCUGUUGGAGGUAAAGACGGGCGAGUAGGUCUAUGGGAGGUUUACUAAUACAUAUUUCGGCGUUUUUACAUUUUCAGUGAAUAGGACGUUAGGUCUAUGAUAUAACACAAAUACAAAAAUCUCAUAA